GAUUCAGGCCAGGGGCUUGAUUGCUGGAAUUGUAGCUCUCCAGGGAAGUUUGCCCUCCAAACAGAAUGCAAAGCAAACGGGUGGGGCCAGGGGUCCCGUUCUUCUUCCAGAGAAGGUGCCUCUGAUGAUGCUGGGAAACCCGUAAAUCCAGGGGGAAAACUCAUUUUCCACACAUGAUCAAACAGGGUGGAAAGCUGGUUUGAAAUCUUGGAGCACUCCGCAUUUCUGCUGCCGCUGCCGCUGCCUUGGAGCCGAACCGCGGCCCAUUCUUGCACCGACCGUUAUCCUCGGCCUUAUGAACCUCCAAUUCAAGUCUUUAUUGUCAGUGCACAACAGAUGUACGAUGAGACUGAACCUGCUCCAAAAGCCGAGCUGGCUAGAAGAAAGUCACAAUUAAACCAGUUGUGGACUGUUUUUUCCAAUCAGGCGAAAGCUAAGACGAAACAAGACAAGUGUGAGUUGCAGAUCAGUAGCAAAUGAGCUUUGCAUCUUGGCUGUGGGCCAUACAACAAAGCAAAUGUUUGCAUUUGUUAGGCACAACCAGACCCAGAGCAGAGAUCCAAACUUGGAGAAUAUCCGGCAUACGUUUGGGUCAUUGCUGUCUCGUGCAGGCACUCGUAUAGAACUCAGCUGUGUCUUUUCUGUCCCUAAAGAAUUACAUUCAGAGAUUAGAAGGGCUGAGACUACGCCUCAUUGUGGUGGUGUCCCACAUGAGGGCUGAGAAGAAGCUAUCAAAGCACCGCAACCUGAACUCCUGCCUUCGGUGCCCUUGCUCAGCUGCCCUUGGUGACUUUGGAGCAGUGAUCAGAUCCGCUAUUCCUUGCAAGCUCUUGGGUUUUGCCAGGCCUCCAAAACACUACUCCAUUAAACUGAGUAUUCCUAGGAUGGUGAUCUUUGUGCUUUAGGGUUCAAUGUGCAUAUGUGUGCCUGGGUAUCAUUUUUCUGCAGGUGAUGCUCUUGUGCUCUGCCUGGUGCAUUUUGUUGCCACAAUGAAGUCCUUAGAAGAGAUUACACAGGCAAUCUUUUUGUGCACCGGUGUCCUCAGACUGGCCGAUUAGCGUAUGAGGCUGUUUGUAUGUGUUCUUUCCAAGCCAAAGCUUUCCUUGCCUUUCUCCCCAGGAGUCUUUGGUACGGAGACUGGCAAGCUCUUCCAUGAGCUCAUGGCCCUCUUGGUUGAAGUAUCACAGCCUUUGGGGAGAUUCCUUCAGCCCCCUGCCAUUGGGGUGGGUCUCCUCAAUUUCUGUUGGCUGUAGCAGCAUUGGUCGCAGCUGGCGUUUCAAGCCUGCUGAUAAGUGGAGACCAGCGGAAGUCUCCCAAAAGGAGGAGUUCAUCCGUUCCGCACAUUCAAUGGCUUUAGUAGUACUUCCCCUGUUCCUCUUGGGGCUUCUGCCAUGGGUGGGCAGCCCUGGGUGCCUGGGGCCUGAAAUGGUUCACAAUCACUUGGCUGAAAUCAUCUUUGGAAUGCAGUGAGGGGAGGGAGACCUCGUGCAUUGGGUCCUUCCUACCUUUCUCACUCUGACCAUUAUAAGCUACUGGGGCCUCCUGCCAGUCUUCUCCGGUUGCCUCCUAGGCAACAGCUCUUUGCCCCCUUCUCCCAAAGUCAGCCGUUAGCAAGAAACGGUGUGCAAAUCUAUGAGUUUCUUCUGUGUGGUACAAAAAGGUAGUGGUGAGAGGAAAAGCCCUUUGAGAAAGUGAAUUGAGCUUAAAGCAGUGUCUGCCUUUCCUUUGCAGAGCUCAGAAUGAAGCGACGAGCCCCCGAUAGAGGUGGUGGGGAAACAUCAGCCAAGGUCCUCUGCCCAGGGAUUUCCGGCAGUAGCACCAAAAGAGCCGGGCCUUUCAUUCUUGGCCCACGUUUGGGCAACUCCUCAGUGCCUAGCAUUGUUCAGUGCUUGGCAAGAAAGGAUGGGACAGACGACUUCUAUCAGCUGAAGAUCCUCACCUUGGAGGACAAGAAUGAUCAUGGCACAGAAACCCAAGAGGAACGUCGUCGGGGCAAAAUGCUGCUGCACACAGAGUUCUCCCUCCUCUCUCUCCUGCACAAUCAGGAUGGGGUGGUCCAUCAUCAUGGCCUUUUCCAGGAGCUGCCACAGUCCCAGUCCAGCUCCUCUGCCUGAGACUGAUAGGUUCUGCCCAUCAAAUGCCCCUCUGUGCCAGUUUAAUCGCAAUUGCUUAAGCAAGGCGAGGGACUGUCCUUGGGGAGUCUUUGGCAAGUCUGGGACAUGCUUGCUGGGAAGAAUUUGACGCUUCCGGUAAGACAAACUAUUUCUGCACCCACCCUCUCCUUUCCGAAAUCUCUUGAGAAUUUUAUUCAUGGUUUUAAAAAGCAAUCAUUUUGCACGGUGCAAAACCUGCAGUUGUAGCCCUCGUGGAAGCAGCAUAGAGCGGGCUUGUGUCUAAUCAGUGGGUAGGGUGGGCGUCUCCCUGCUCAAUUAACUCUGGUCCCUGUGACUUGGGACUAUGCGAGCUGGUGGAAGAUCUGGAGUCCAGUCGGAUGGCCCGAAAAAUGAAGAAACAUAUUUGUUUAGUGUUGGACUGCCUCUGUGCCCAUGACUUCAGUGACAAGACAGCUGAGCUCAUCAAUCUCCAGCAUUAUGUCAUCAAAGAGAAGCGGCUUAGUGAACGAGAGACCGUUGUCAUCUUCUAUGACGUUGUGCGGAUGGUGGAAGCCUUGCACAAGGUACCAUGUUUCUGCGCUUAUUCCACAGUACGAUAGCCGUGUUCCGGAGUGCACACCAACCCCAGAAUCUUGCAUGGCUAGAAGAAUGUUGCGGUCAGGGCACCAACCCUAAAUUUUACUGCCCACAUUGUUAGAGGUGCGCACCCAGAGUGCUCAUAGGCUGAUAGCAAUAGCAUUUAGACUUAUAUACCGCUUCACAGCCCUCUCUAAGCAGUUUACAGAGUCAGCGUAUUGCCCCCCACAAUCUGGAUCGUCAUUUUAAUGACCUCCGAAGGAUGGAAGACCGGGUCAAGCUUGAGCCGCUCAGAAUCGAACUCCUGGAGUGAGCAGUGAGUUAGAUCCAACUUCCCGUUCUUUGCUAUUUGAGUACCCACUAGCCAGAACAUUACAUUUGCCGAAAUAUAAAUGGAACAUCUAGGCAGCUGUCCCCAAACAGAUGCGUGUGUUCGUCAGCCCUGUUCUAGUCUCACCCCGUGCUCAAGCAAGAGACCUGAUACCAUUCCAGAUAAGUGGCUCUUCUUAAAAGCCUCCAGUGAUGGAGCACCCCAAACUUCUGAAAGCAAUCUGUCCCACCGGUUAAUUGUUCUCCCUUUUUUUAUUUUUUUAAAUUUUAUUUAUUUUGUCACACAGUAUAUAUAAGCAUAAGCAUGAAAUAACUAUACAAUAUAUAUAAGUAUGAUAUAUAAGUAUACAAUAUAUAUAAGUAUGAGUAUGUAAUAACUAUCUUAACUGGAUAUAACGAAAGGAAAGAAUAGGACAGGAACGGUAGGCACGCUUGUGCUCUUAUGCACGCCCCUUACAGACCUCUUAGAAAUGGGCUGAGGUCAAGAGUAGACAGUUUUUGGUUGAAGCUUUGGGGAUUUUGGGAAGAGACCCAAAAAACACUAUCAGGAAAUUUCUUAAUUCUAGGUUGCUUCUCUCCUUCUCUAUUUCCCAUCCAUUGAUUCCUGCCUUUCCUUCUGCUGCUUUGGCGAAUAGGUUGAUCCUCCUCUUCUUUGUGGCAGCCCCUCAAAUACUGAAGCACCGCUAUCAUAUCAGCCUGAAUCCUUUUUUUCAUCGGACUAGACAAUCCCAAUUCCUGCAACCAUUCUUCAGAUGUUUUAGCCUCCAGCCCCUUAGUCAUCUUUGUUGCUCUUUUCUGCACUCGACCUAUUUUUUAUAAUAUGGUGCCCAAACCUGGAUGCAGUAUUCUAAGUGUGAUCUUACUAAGGCUUUAUAAAGUGGUACUAAUACUUAAUGUGAUCUCGAUUCAGUCCCUCUAUUAAUGCAGUUACUGCUAUUGAGCCAGGUUUCACUUAAUCUGUCUCUGAUUUGUCUUGCCUAAGUAUAAAACCUUAGAUUCACUAAAAUUGUUGCUCUGGCAAAGGAAAGACCCAUGCCACUCCUCCUAUUUAAGGUGCCUAUUAAAGUCUUCAGAACAUGUUUGAUAAUCUGUUUGAAGAUCUUACUCAGUGUAGACAUCAAAUGAUUACCGAUUUCUCAUUUUGUAAGAUUUUUCAUCCUGGAUACUUUGAAGCCAAUGGACCCAACCUCUCAUAACGUAUCAAAUCCACUUUUCCAAUGAUAUAAGUUGGAAGAAAUAUCUCCUCUUCUGAAUCUCACAAAUUCAAAAACAAUAGGACAGGAACGGUAGGUACGUUUGUGCGCUUAUGCACGCCCCUUAUGGUCCUCUUAGG